AUACUUGCAUGAGAACAGGCUGUUGAUGAUGCAUGAGUUUUUAUUUCUAGCAGGAGGAGAUCAUUUAGUACGUGUAAUCCCUCGGGGAAACCUGCAAAGCAAUGGGAGCAGCAGGGCAGAAAAAAAUUCAGGCUGUUUUUUCUGGCCAGAUACGGAUGCUAUUAGUGGGGAGUGAGGGAACGAUAUAGGUCAGUGUCUCAAAUAGUGCAUGAAAAUUCGAGUUAGAGCCUGCGGUGCAUCUGUGAGGCUGCACUGCCACCUGGUGUGGUUUGGAGUGCUCACAUCCUCUGCCCAGCGCCGCCUUUGCCUUGAUUUUUGUUUAAAACACCCCUCUAAAGGACAACAAUGCUGUUACAGCCGCUGGCUGCUGGGUUUGGUUAUGUAAACAGACAGAAAUAUGACAGCACACAGGUCUGGGAAUCAGAAGCAGCUGAGCAAUGGUGACAGCCAUUCCCUCUCCAUCUGUCACAGCUGCACAGGGGAGAGGGCUUCAGCUGCCAGCACGGAGUUACUGCAGCUUUCUGCCAACUCACUGAAUGCUUCAGCCUUUGCAGCUGACUGUGCUGUGUCACCAAUGAGCCAGGGUUGGUAAGGUGACUGUGUUUGUGCCUCUGAGCAGGUGAAGCCACCUGCAGGGUCCCAGGUGGGUGUUGGUUCUUCUCUCCAGCCAGGCCUUCCUCAGCAAGGAUCCCUCACUAAUGAGGAAGAGUCUCAUCCCCGAGAUGAGGUGGGGACAGCUAACGGGAUAAAGAACUUUUGCCCUUCAAGACCAGUUCAUUUCCCAUUGCUUCCCAGGGCCUCACUGUAUUCACCGCUCUGAAAGCGGCUUCCAGAGGGCUGGAAGCCUCUGACGCCCUGAAAGUCACGGAACUGCUCAGAUGGGAAGGUACCUUGGGAAAUCUUCAGUCCAAUCCCCCUUCCAAGGCACAGUUACCUGGAGCAGGUGGCACAGGAACGUGUCCAGAUGUGUUUUGAAUGUCCACCUCCCUGGGCAGCUACUCCAGAGCUCUGCCACCCUCCACGUAAAAAAGCUCUUCCUCAUCUUGAGGUGGAACUUGUGUUUUAGUUUAUGGCCAUUGCUCCUCGUCCCACUGCUGGGCACGGCAGAAAAGAGCCUUGCACCAUCCCCUGGGCACCGACCUUUGAGAUAUUUCCAUGCAUUAAUGGGAUCCCCUCUCAGUGUUCUCUUCUCCAGACCAAACAGGCGCAGCUCCCGCGGUGCCUCCUCACAUGAGGCGCUCCAGACCCCUCAUCAUCGGACCCUCUCCACUCGCUCCUCAUCUCCCUUGUACUGGAGAUCCCAGAGCUGGACAGAGCACUCCAGAUGUGCCUCACUAGGGUCCACCAGAGCAGCCUAAACCCUGCGACCCCUGUUCCGAGCUCAACCGGGUCCCUUUGCAGUGUCGGUGACCGCGGUGUCCCCGCCGCCCCGGGCGAUGCGGCGGGAACUACAGCUCCCAUGGUGCCGCGGGGCCGGGCGGAAGCGGGGCGCGCCGGCGGAGCGGGGCCGCGCCGAGCCCAUGGCCGCGCUCAAGUACGCGGGGCUGGAGGACACGGACAGCGAGGAGGAGCUGCCGCCGGGCUGGGAGGAGCGCACCACCAAGGACGGCUGGGUUUACUACGCCAACCACCUAGAAGAAAAAACACAGUGGGAACAUCCUAAGUCUGGCAAGAGGAAACGUGUUGCAGGAGAUCUGCCAUAUGGAUGGGAGCAGGAGACUGAUGAAAAUGGACAAGUCUAUUUUGUAGACCACAUAAACAAAAGGACUACCUACCUUGACCCAAGACUGGCCUUUACAGUAGAAGAUAACCCAGUAAAACCUACAACUAGGCAGAAAUAUGAUGGGAACAGUACUGCAAUGGAAAUUCUGCAGGGCCGUGACUUGAGUGGCAAAGUGGCAAUAAUCACAGGAGCCAAUUCAGGAAUAGGUUUUGAAACUGCCAAGUCCCUGGCCCUGCAUGGGGCGUGUGUGAUCCUGGCCUGCAGGAGCCCGGCGCGAGGCGAGGCGGCCGUGCAGCGCAUCCUGGAGGAAUGGCAUAAAGCCAAGGUAGAGGCAAUGACCUUAGACCUUGCUUCUCUUCAGAGUGUGCAGCACUUUGCUGAAGCAUUCAAAUCCAAGAAUCUGCCCCUGCACAUGCUGAUCUGCAACGCUGCCGUGUUUGGUGCUCCCUGGUCCCUGACAGAGGAUGGCCUGGAGUCCACCUUCCAGGUGAACCACCUGGGACAUUUCUACCUUGUCCAGCUUCUGGAAGAUGUUCUGCGCCAGUCAUCUCCUGCCAGGGUUGUGGUGGUGUCCUCUGAGUCCCACAGAUUUACAGAAAUUAAAGACUCCUCUGGAAAGCUGGAUUUCAGCCUGCUUUCUCCAUCCAAGAAGGAAUAUUGGGCGAUGUUGGCCUACAACCGCUCCAAGCUCUGCAAUAUCCUGUUCUCCAACGAGCUGAACCGGCGCCUGUCUCCCCACGGGGUCACCUCCAACUCAGUGCACCCUGGAAAUAUGAUGUAUUCCUCCAUUCACCGCAGCUGGUGGCUCUACACACUGCUCUUCACCUUGGCUCGACCUUUCACCAAGUCCAUGCAACAAGGAGCUGCCACGACGGUGUACUGCGCCACGGCGGCGGAGCUGGAGGGGCUGGGCGGGAUGUACUUCAACAACUGCUGCCGCUGCCUGCCCUCGCAGCAGGCACAGGACAGCGCCACAGCCGCUGCCCUCUGGGAGCUGAGCCACAGGCUGAUCCAAGAACGAGCUGGCAGCCAGGCCAAAUAGCAGCCAGCUCCUGGAAGGAUCAAAACACACGAGUGUGUGCGCGCUCGGAAACUGCCAGCACUGGAACCUGUCCAAUCUUAUCAUCUAGAGGGUUUCCAUGUACCUCAGAUACAGAUUAAGCGGUGUUAAAUGAAAUAAUAGCAGUCACAACAUAGUGAAAAAUGUUAAGUACUAAUGGGAGGUGGGGAAUACUGUGGGUUAAAGGGACAAUGCGGCUUCCUGGGGCUUGGUUAGUCUCGGUUCUCUUUCUUUUGAUUAUAGCCUGUUCAAAGUGUAACCCAAGGAGGCAUCUUCUGUCUUAUUUUAGAAAAGCAAUUCUGCAGAUAAUUUCUGUUGUUUUGAUUAAUGGGUAGGUAUGUAGCCCAAUAUGGGAUUUUCUCCUUAUUUUGAUAAUUGCUGUCUGUUAGGCUUUAGGUAUUGAUUGGGAGAUGGUGGUUGUGUUGAUUCUUUUUCCCUACAAGGAUUUUAUUGGGUGUGGCAAAUCAAAAGAUUAUUGAGGAAAGAAAUCUUUUCAGCCCUUGACUGUUGGCUGCAAGUACAUCUGGGCUGUCUAGAAAAAGAAGGUGCAGGAAGACAUCUGAACAGUAAUGGGAAAGUCACAGCUAAUUAAAUAUUUCUGUUGGUUUUUUUCUUUUUUUUUUUCUUAAAGAUUACAAUAAAAGAUAUGUUGUAAACCAUUCCCUAAGUAGUGUUGAGUUAGCAAAGAUGAUGAUGUCUCCUUAAGAACACACAGAGUGUAAUCAGGGGUUUAAAUGGUAUUUCCAUCAAUUUCUCGGUUCACAGUUUUAAGGAGUUUUAUUUCCUUGAAAGUUCACAGUUUCUCAGUUCUCCUGAUACUGUAUCCCAUUCCAAAUCUGUCUUUUCUUUCCAUUUAAAUUCAAUAAAACAACAUGCUUGCUUGAA